AUGGCAUCAUCAACCCAAUCCAAGGUCGGCGUUCUCCGCGAGAGACUAAACGCAGCCAAGCCAGCAAUUGCCAUGGCCGCCCAUAACCCUCUCGGUGCCAAGUUGGUAGAAGAAGCUGGCUUCGGGGCGGUCUGGGUCAGUGGGUUUGAACUCUCAGCUUCAUACGCAGUGCCCGACGCCAGCAUCUUACCCAUGAGCACCAUUCUUGAGAUGACGCGUGCAAUGGGCGAGGUCCAAAACCUUCCUCUCAUUGUCGACCUUGAUACAGGAUUUGGCAACGCAGUCAAUGUUGCUUACGCUGUUCCUCGCUUUGCUGCAGCGGGUGCAGCGGCCGUCGUCAUCGAAGACAAGGCCUUCCCCAAAGACAGCAGCCUACGGGCUGGAGGACGUCACGCCCUGGUUUCUAUCCCAGAGUUCCAGGGUAAGAUCACCGCCGCGAAGGUCAGCCCGGUGCUUGUCAUUGCUCGAACAGAGGCAUUGAUCGCUGGGUUGGGAGAGGAAGAAGCCAUAAGGCGUGCUUUAGCCUACGCCGAAGCUGGGGCAGAUGCGGUCCUAGUUCACAGCAAGCAAAAGACCCCAGACGAGAUCCUAUCCUUUUGUCAAGCCUGGCCAGGGACUGUACCUCUGGUGAUAGUGCCAACUAGCUACCCGCAACUAUCAUUUGCCGACGUAGCAGCGCUGAACAAGGUCGGGCUGAUCAUCUGUGGUAAUCAUGCUGUCAGAGCAGCCGUGGCGUCAAUGAGACGCACGUUUAAACGCAUCCUUGAAGAUGGAGGCAUUGGUCGAGUGGAAGAGGAGAUAACUCCAGUGCCUGACAUCUUUGCACUUCAAGGCGAUGAUCAUAUGCGUUCAGUUGAGAAGGAUUACCUUCGCUAG